UUUACACAUAGACAAGGGGAAUCCCAAUAUUGUGGAGGCAUGAAAAUGUCCAUUUUACAAUAAUUUACAAACUUAGCCGUCUUUACAAACUAAGCAAAAACUUGUUACAAAAUGGAGACUGGGAAUACUGAUUUAGUUCGUCGAACAGGGCAUCAAUACGAUGAUCUUCCAGGUAUCGGCAUUGAGGAUCUAGAUGACAUCACAUACAGUACCGAUGAAGACUAUGACGAUGAUGACAGCAAUUACGGCGGGGACCGAGAGGAUAACGACGAGUUUCCUGAUGAGCGGAAGAUUGUUAAAGACCCGGGACCAUUCCGAUAUAAUCGCAAGAUGGUGAUCGUCUCUCUGCCAUGUGCGAUUAUGGUGUUGACUCUAGUUGGAGAGCUGUUUCUGAUGGCAGCAAGCUUUGGUGCAGGAAUUAUUGUGAUUUUAGACCCAAAAGGUGAAAAGAAGAGAUGUGCGAUCCUGUUCACCUUAUUGUUCAUAUGUUGCCAUGCAUUCACCAUCUUCUCGAUUCUGCCACUUCUCUGGCUGUCGCUCUUCAAUAUCUUCCUAAUCGGAGUCGUGAACUUGUACGUUAUUCUGACUGGCGGGCUUAUAGCAUUGCAGUUUACAUACAUACGGAAGUAUGAACUCAAGCUAGCUUUGAUGAUUGAGAAGCUACUAUUUUCCCUCUACCCAUGGUGCUGCAUCAUUCUUCUGACGUGGACGUGCUCAGCCCUCGUGCCAUGGCCUCUUCUGCCAUACGUGUUUAUAACCAUUGGAUUCGUCUACUUACAGCUGUUUAUCACACCCCAUUCAUCAUCGUUCAUUCUUGACAACAAGGCAGAAGACUCUAAAGAACUAGAUGACUUAAAUGUGGUCCCCGAAGUUGUCUCCCUUUUAAUGGCAAUCGUCUACUCUACUGCACCAACGCUUCUUUACAUAGCUCUCAAUGUUAUCAACAAUCCACUACGGCAGCUGUUUUCCCUCAAUGUUAUGCUACAACUUGUGUUUAUUUCGGCUCUCAGCGUGUUUCUGUCUUCACUGAUGAGUCUGCGAGCAGUGUUUGAGUUCACAGGCUGGCCCUAUGUGUAUGUCGUAAGGGGUCGCUGGGUGGCUGGGGCAGUGUGUACCCUCUUUGUCUACCCAGUCUUGACACAGUUUCAACUCACCUCCCACUUCCUGCCCUGGCUCCCAGCAGGCAUUGCCAUAUAUGGAGUGUACGGUGCCCUGCUCAGUGAUAAGAAAUUCAAGGGCACGUCCCUGAUACUUCUGCCCUUACCCUGCCUGCUGUUCGGAUACUGGAUGACGUGGCUACCAUGGAAGAUCGUAUUUAACAUGCUGUUUGGUCUCGACAUCCAGAUCUUGUAUUCUCUACUGUUAGCAAACUGUGUGCUAUGUUUUCUGAGUGUUUAUACAGCUUCAUAUGGCUCAGAUAACCUCUUUAGUGCAUUGGUCACACUUGAGUGUGUAGUGUUCACUAUGUGUGAAGUAAUGCUUUACAAGGAGAACCUAUAUUCCCAGUCAUUCCUGGUCAUGACGGCUGUCACCUUACUCUACACACUGCAUAGGUUACAUGUAGUCGGUCGCAUGGGAAGUUGGACGUACACGCUAAGCUCAGCAGUACAUCUGUGUAAGGUCUUGGUAGUCAUCAUCUACAGCGUAAUCGGCCAAGAUGACACACUGACAGCAUACAGAGUGAUAACUCUGUUCUUUUUGGCUAUUGCUUUGAUAAGGGUGGUCUCCCUUGAAGAGAAAUUGGAUAGAACCGUGAAGGAGGUUGUUUACCUGAUGUUGGGUCUGUGUGUUGCUGUGGUGAUGAAUAGUCCACUUCUACGUCUGCUGUGUAUCUAUGUUUUAUGGGAGGAGCCAACUGUCACUGACACUCUUGGCCUGAGUGUGUUGGUAUGCGGAGUCUCUGUGGUAGUGGUUGGUUCCCUGCAAAUGUCGCAGGAAUACAUCACUGCUGUACGACAGUUGGGAGCCGUUAUGGCCAGUGUGGGAGUUCUGAUAUUGGUCUUACAGCCAACCAUGGCUUUCUCAUGGCAGAGCGCUGUACAAUGGGGAGAUGUUGGAAGCGUUGUAUUAGUGGCCACUGUGUUGUUGUCAGGUUAUAUGAGUACGCUAAGACAACUUGCAUUGGCUGCAGUGCUUGUUGGAAUAUGUCCGGGGAUCAGACUAGCUACUCUGCUCUACGCCUACUCAGAAGAGACACCAGCGUCGGCCAUGUUGUUUCGAAUGAUGAUCUACAUCCCAGCGUGCAUCUGUCUCACCACUAUGAUGUUCAUAUUUGUGAAACUUGACAUCGUGCAAAAACAGCUGGAGAAAUGGCUUCUCUUCUUAUGUGGCUGCCUGGGGCUUCUCUCAGCGAUGUUGCUAUUUAUGGAUGUGGGAUUCUCUGCUGAAAGUGAGGCUCUGAUGUCACUUCCUGCUUGGAAACUGUUCACUGUCACCACAGCAGUUGUCAGCUUUUCUCUAAAAGUACUCAGUACAACACAGGAUCUAUGUAUUCCGCUGGUGUCGGGACGCGGGGAGAAAUCACUGCCACAGUUACCAUUGAUGGGGAACAUUGCAUGCAUGCUGACGUUCCUUUUUGCCUGCAUACAGUCACCUGCACGAGGGCUUCUUAAUGAUAUCUGGUGCUGCGGGGCUAGCCUUAUUCUGCUAUGCUUACAAAGAGAUAAACGGCUCCUGAAUAACAUACGACAGGACAACCAAAUCGUACCAACAAUGUUUAUGAGCCUCUGUGUUCUCUUAUUAUCCAGCGUCAUUCAUAGUGACAUGUGGUCGACAGGCGGAGUUUCAUUUCUUCGAGGAUUCUUGGAAGUUAUUACAAUUUUUGCCACUCUUCCAACAUAUUACAUCCUUUGGGGUCUAUUGUGGGAGGGUAAAUUAUUACUCUCCGAGCAAGUGGUUGUGUUCCUUGUUCCAGUACACACAAUUUAUCUGUUAUUUGGUAGUUCAUAUACCAGUCAGGCACUCGCUCUCGUUGGUUUAUAUUCCGGAAUUUGGAUGAUGGUAACGAAACUUCCUCUAAGAGCUUACCAACCAGACGAUAGGUGAUGAAACUUGACCUACUGCUUGGCUUAGACAAUAGUCAAGAUGUAUACUCCAGAAGUCUUUCAAAAUGUAUGAUUAAACAUGGUUUCAGUGUGUAAUUCAGAUGAAAUCUGAGGUUGGCCACUACUCUCAUUUUCAGCUCAUCUGUUUUUUUGAACACUUAAAGAUGAGAUUCUCGCAAGAUUAUCAUUACAUUGAUGACUUCAGUUGUGUUAAUUUCAUCCAUGGCCAUGACUUGGAAACUGUUAAGAGAUAUUCACAUGAUGGAAGCUUCAUCGUCAGGGAAAGACAACUCCAUUACCAUUAAUCAUGGAUCAAAAUAUUCACAGGAAACCUGGUACAUUGACAAUACUCGUACAAAAUCAUGUUUAACACAUAACAAUACAAGUGUGACCAAAGAGUGUAUUGAGUUAUGUCCCUUGUUCCAUGGAGCAUAAGGGUACUGACUCCAGCUUGUGGUUAUUAUGUUGAACAGUGUACAUGGUUUUAAUUACUUGCAUAUUAGCGCAAUUAGAUUUAGUGUCAUAUAGAAUAUGUGAGCAAGAGCUAACAAAGAUAUGUGUACUUGUGUCUCUUCAUCUGCGGAGCAAAAUGGCAGUGUUGUUCUUGAGAUAUUUGUGACAUUGUGCUUGGUUAAAUUUACUUGUGAAUUAAUGCUGAAUUGUUAUAUGAAAUUUGUGAGCAAAAGCUAAGUUAUGUGGACUUGUGUCUCUUGAUCUGCGGAGUAAAACAGCAUUGUGGUAUAGGGUACUUAACAUGUUUGUAACAUUGUGCUUCAUUUGAAUAACAAUCGGAUUAGUGCUAUACACAUGUAGUAUCAAAUGAUAUAUGUCAUGGAAAGCGACCAAAGUUAUGUGGACAUGUGACUUUUGAUCCGCAGAGCAAAGCAGCAUUGGAGUAUAAAGUGCUUUACAUAUAUGUGACAUUGUGCUUAAUUUAAAUAACUUGUGAAUUAGUGCUUUUAGUGUCAAAUGAAACAUUUGAAUGAAAACUAUGAAACUAAUGCGGAGUUGUGUCCCUUCCUCCACUAAGCAAUUAACCAUUCAGAACUCCUCGGCCAUUUUCCAUCGAAAAUAACCUCAGAUGUAUAUCGAUACAUCAAUUGAAGUACUUUGAAUUUUUUAAAUAAUAUAAUUAAUAAAUUAUAGUGUUUUUACUUGUAUUAUGUGUAUCUAAGUUUAAAUUGAUUGUCAGUGAAGCGUAUUAUUGCAUAAAUAAUUAAGAUUCCCAGGAGUGAUGUCAUUAAAUUGUUAAAUUCUGGAUUGAGAUUACUAAGCGAUCUUCUUGCAGCGUAGUUAAAUGUUAAGAGUUCUGAGAUUGUUAACCGGCCAUAUACAUCUGAAAUGGUUUUCAAUGGAAAAUGUACAAGGAGUUCCGAAUGAGCAAUCCACUCGUGAAGUUUGUGUUGAAGCAAUUAAAAAGUUAAAGUUCAAACUAUUUAUAUAUAUUUUAGUUGCUCAGUUCUUAAGGUAUUCAUAACCUUUGGUUUCUUUCAAUUAUUAGUGCCAAUGUCUCCAAUGAAAAUUGUGUGAACCAAACAUCAUUUGAACAUCAUCAAGCAAAAAUGGGCGUUAUAGUUAAAUGAAUAUGACAUAAGCAAAUUAUAUGACAUCAUAGUUUUGUUACUAAAAAUAGAACUGUGAAUCCUUUUGUGUUGUAUGUAAGAAAGAUCAUGGGGUACAUUUUAGGUAAUUCACAUAUUUGUUUGGUUUGAAACAUUCAUGAUAUGAUACCCAAAACUGAGGAUUAGAAAUUUAGAAAAUAUAAAAAUCUCUAUCACCCAUUUCUGCCAGUUCUGAUCCAUUUUUUUAAACCCCUUUUGGUGCUUUUGAUAAAACGAUGUAUGUUAGGUAUUUAUAUAAAUGACUUGGGCCGAUUGUUCAGAACUUUGUGAAGGAUGACAAUGUUGUUAACAUCAACUUUGUUAACUUUAAAAUCAUUACUGCUAUGGAAGUUUCAUGGAUACACGAGUGAUCUGCAGUAAUUCUAACAAGAUUUGAGGCAAAUUUUUCACUUCUUUUAUGCAGCUUUAUGAGUGCAUCAUAAAAUAUUUCACAGUUAACAACGAUGUAGUUAAGAACGCUGUUAACUUUCUUAAAGUUCGGAACAAUCGGCUCUUUGUUAAUUGAUUAGCAUCUUAGUGCUUUAGUGUCAAAUAAAUGUUUGAUUAUUGUGUGUGUAAAACAUAACUGGCUGUAUUGACUAGAUAAUAUAUAUAUAUAUAUAUCAUCAUUUUACCAUAUUAUGGUAAAAUGAUGAUAUAUACCGGUAUAUAUAUAUUGAGGUUAAAUCCAGGUUUUGAAAAGAAAAGGGAUGCUGCAGAAGAGGGACAGGGUACUACUGCUGAAGUAGAAAAAGGCCCAUUGUAUCGGGCUGUAAAGAACUUGAACAUUAUGAAUUUGCAGAAUAUGUCAUGAAUAAAAUAAAACCUGACACAAACACGUAAAGUUUAUUAACUUAAACAUUUCGGCAUAACUAUUCAUCAGAAUAUUUAUGGAAUUGUGAAGAAUGCAGAAAUGUUCUCGUUGGUCUCUUUGAUGUGAAUCGCUCAUGUUUUGUUAAAUGCACUUCUUUUUUAUAUGGGUCUUAUUUCAAUAUGAUUGUGGUCACUGCGUCACCUAGACUAAUGGUGUUCCGUCAUUCAUGUUGGAGCCAUAUAUAUAUAUAUAAAUUAUAGGAAUUGUGAGGAGUCAUCAUAUGAUACACAAUUUCAUUCAACAGGUUUUUAAAAUUUGUCAGGAAGCGAAUUUAUGGUUGAAAUGAAUAAAAUUGCGUAUAAACUGAUGAUGAGUCCCUAUCACAUUCCAUUUUCUGACAAUAAAUAACAUAAAAUACCUUCUUGUUUUGCCUGCGCUGAUAAUUAACCGAAUACCACAAACUGACAAAGCUGUGCUAUUUUAUGCGCUACAUGCAUUGCAGAAAAAUAGUACCCAGAAGAAUUUAAAGCUGCACUCUCACAGAUAUACCAUUUUUACAACUUUUUUAUUUUUUGUCUUGGAAAGAGCAAAUUUUUUCGUAAAUAUCUGCAAAUCAAUGAUAUAAGAUUGCUGACAAAAAAAUCAGAGCAUGGAUUUCAUAUUUCUGUUUGAAAAUUAAUGUUUUAUGGCUUGAACCGUUAACAACAGUUUAGAAAAAAAUGCAUAAAACAUCAUAUUUUUAAAUUAAAUAUAAAAAGCUGCAAUCUAAUUUUUUGUCAACAGUCUUAUAUAACUGGUUUCCAUGGAAAUUCGCAAAAAUUGGCUUGUUCCAAGACCAAAAAUAAGUUCAAUCUGCGAGAGUGCAGCUUUAAAACAAAAUAUCAAAUUCCCUUUAUAAGUAGAAAGAAGGCUGAGAUGAUAUCCAGUAAGAAAUUACAACAUAAACAUACUUAUAUUGAAAUUUGCUUUCUUUUAUAUGGUGACAUCACACACUGUUGAUGAUGUCAUAUUUUGCAAUAUGUUCAUGACAUCAUUGCCUGUUUAAGAUUUUAAGAAUUUAAAUUGUUUUUCAUGAAAUCAAGAGGAAAUAUCACAUUUUCCUCCUCAGAUUAGAAUGAAAAAUUUACUACUUAAUUGUGGGGCCCUCUUGCGUUGAGUGAAACAUAAUUGUCAAAAUGGCAGUUCCUUGUAUGUGCGUCCGUCUUUCCGGACUGAAGGCUGUAUCUUGACCAUGCAUUAUAGGAUUACAAAAAUUACAAAAAAAACUUGUCAUGAAGGUUCACCAUGAUGAUGUGGUGUGUCACCCACAAGACACAGGUCUGUACAGCAAAGAUCAAGUUCACAGUUAAACAGCAUAGCUUGAAAUGAUCCUUUGGAAGGCUGUAUCUUGACCAUGCAUCAUAGGAUUUUCAAAAAACUUGCCAUGAAGACUCGCAAUGAUAAGGUGGCGUGUCGCGCACUGUGAAGACCCGGGUCUGUACCUCAAAGGUCAAGGUCAAGUGAUAGGUCAAAGGUUGAUCUGAUAUUUGUCCACGCUGUUUCGUUACCAUGUAUUAUAUGAUUUUCAAAAGAUUUGCCAUCAAUGUUCACUAUGAUGAGGCAGCGUGUCGCUACAAUACCCAGAGUCUGUUCCUUAAAGGUCAAGUUAAAAGUUCAAAGGUUGUACUGAUUUUUGUCCAGCCUGUAUCCUGACCAUGCAUGAUAGGAUUUUCAUAAAACUUGCCAUGAAGGUUCACCAUGCUGAGGCGUGAUGUUAUUCUGUGUUGCAAUUGCAUGGAAAAGUAUUAUGUCUGUCAAAGGCUUUCAUCAGGCUCGACAUGUCACCAUUUUGCAUCUAGUUCAAAUAAAUUUUCAUCUUGAAAGCAAAAUCAGAAAUAAACGUAUGACUUGCUGGAAUGUUACAGAUUAAUCAAUAUGUUUUUCUAAUUAAAUUGUUUACAAACAUGCAGAGUGAUGUUGUUAUAUUACACAUGUGUAAUAUAGAAAAAUAUUUGUUAGUUAUAUUUAACUAGAAACAAGGUGUUAUAAUAAUAUGAUAAUAUAUAUGUAUAUAUCGUGUAUUUUGUUUAUUCAUAAAAAAUAUCAUGUCUGGUUGAUACAGCCACUUAUGAAUGUGUUUUUGAACUAGUCGAGUGAAUAAUGUUUAUUAUUGGAUAGCAAUAUGUUUAACAUGUAGAUUAAUAUAUAUUAAAUAUUAGUGUUUUUUUUUUAUUUACACCGCAGUAUAUUGGCUGUAUGUACCUAUUAUUUUGUGCAUCAAUGAGAAAUGUUUUGCAGAUAUAAAAUUAUUUUUAUUCGUUUUUCAUUUGAUCAUUUCGUGCUUACAAGUCAUAUAUCCAUUUUUGCCAGUAACCAUGACAUAGACACAGCCAUUUUGAUUUUGACCGGCUUUUAUAAUUUGAAUAAUGAGAAAUUUUGUUUUUUUGACAGCUGCCACUAAGAUGACUUUGGAGACACUCCAUAUAGAAGGAUUUUAUUUUUUACGAGGAAUACUUUUUGGGUUGUAUUAAAUCUAGUCAUAAAAGGCUGUGAAAGGCAUGAUAUAAAUAUGUUAAAAAGGAAACAAGAUAUUUAUCAUUUUAGCAGUUUUACUGUAUCAAAUAUUUUGUAUGUAAUGAUAUCUUGCGGUUAGCUGUCUAUCAAUCUGCUUGGUAGAAUUGUUUAGUGUCCAUUUAGGCCGGAGCAACAUAUAUUUUUUUGUUAUUUCUUGUCCCAGGUUUUAUAUAUAAAUUGGGCAACUUUUGUAGGUUUAUUUGAAAAACUUCAGUUUGGCGCUGUUUUUCAUACUUUUCCAAAACAUCUUUUCGAGGGCAAAUAUAUUUUCAAAUAUUAGGCCCAUUGUUCAGAACUUUUUUGAAGUUCACAACAUGAUUGGCAACAUUGUUGUUAAAUUUUAAACAUGAAAUGGUUGAUGUUUUAGUUAUAUAUCUAUAUAAAAUGAAUACAGUUGUCUUAAAUCUUGAUAUAAAUACUGCAGAUCACAAGUGUAUCCAUUAAACUUCCAGAGCAGUAAAUAUUUUAAAGUUAACAAUGAUGUUAACAAGGUUGUUAACUUUAACACAGUUCUGAGCAAUCAACCAAAUGGGUAGCUGUGGUCCCCACAAAUUGUUAUUUCCUUUGUAAGAUUUUCCACAUUUAUUAUUCAGAAAAGGAAAAAAGUGCUAUAACAUGCUUUCUUGUGAAGCCAUGUAAAAUAAUUGUUUUUAUGUAUCAGAUAAAACAAAGACAUUUUAUUACAUAAGUCUAUGACCAUUCUCAUUUAUCAGAGGUUUGAUAAUGAUAUAUCUAACCUUUGAUUCAAUCCCUGCAAAAUUGAGUGCAAAACUAUAUUUAUAUAUUUUCAUAUAUCAUCGUCAACCAAUCAAAACCCUCAUUACAUUAAGCAUACUUAAUUAUUGAGCACUAAACAAUAUGCUGUUUUGCCGCUAAUUUCGUAGGCGUAGCAUCAUCACUCUGGUGUACGAGAAUGGUCUAUGACACAAUGUUGUUGUUUUCUAUCGCAUCUUAAUUUUAAAAUAAAUGGGAAAAUAUU